UUCAUUCCGUCAAACAAUGUCCACCCUUUCAGCUAUUCCCACCAUACCGCAGGUAUUGCGGCGGAUUACCAACAGUAAAGAUGCCAAACUGAAGGCUUCGUCGUUCCUUUCCUUACUUGUUGCUCUAUAUCUCCUCCGGAGACGACGGAAGCAGAACACGGUCCUCUCAUCCGACAAGGAUGACGUGGCUCGAGCUAUGCAGAUGGUGUACGAGCCAAACGCUGAUGGCAGCAAGACGCUCUUGCUCCCGGUUCGUGGACGCGUGGCGAAGGUCCAUAUAUGCGAAACCUCUCCAGAUACUCUGAAAGCCGAUGCACGCCAUUUCCCUCCUGUCCCACCAACUCACAAACCAAAUGUGGACCGAGUCUUCCUCCGGCAACUUCGUGCUAUCCUGCGUAUUGCCUUUCCUUCGCUUACCUCAAAGGAGACGUUCAUUGUCCUCCUACAUUCAUUCUUCUUGGUCCUACGUACUGUCUUAAGUGUUGGGGUUGCAAGGCUCGAUGGACGCAUUGUACGUGAUCUCGUCAGCGGAAACGGACCUGGCUUUCUUCGUGGAUUAGGCUGGUGGUUUGCUUUUGCGAUCCCAAGCACAUAUACGAAUUCCAUGCUUCGCUACUUGCAGUCCAAGCUAGCAUUGAGGCUCCGCACGCGCCUCACUCGAUAUACCAAUGAUCUUUACCUAUCUUCAGCCCCCUCUAUGAGAUAUUAUCGCAUCUCGCAACCGGGAGGGUUAGAGGGCGUCGAUCAAUAUCUCACCUCGGACAUCGCAGCUUUCUGUGAUUCGAUCUCUACACUUUAUGGGAACGUUAUGAAGCCGACUCUCGAUAUGUUCAUCUUCACAGCACAGUUGGCGCGAGGGCUUGGUGCACGCGGAACUGUACUCCUCGUCUUAAAUUACUACGUAACUGUGCGCAUAUUGCGUGCAGUUACUCCUGCCUUUGGACGACUUGCGGCAGUAGAGGCGAUGCUAGAAGGCGAAUAUCGGGCGGGUAUGGGCCGUGUGGGUCGAGAAAGCGAGGAAAUCGCAUUCUACGCUGGCGGGCUGCGUGAGCGCAGUAUCCUGUGGAACGCAUACCUGAGACUCGUUAGGCACAUUAACUCGAUUUACAAGCUACGAAUUGCUUAUGAGUGGACGGAAGACUUUGUUAUCAAGUAUCUAUGGUCUGCCGCCGGGUAUUGCCUCAUUUCAAUUCCUGUCCUGUUCACGCGCAGACGCCACAUCGGAGUACAAGCACCUACUCUAUCUGAAGGCAUAGACGAUGCCGUUGCAGAUCGAACCGAAAACUACAUCUCCUCUCGACGCUUGCUUCUCUCACUCGCUGACGCAGGCGGACGUCUUAUGUACGCAUACAAGGAUGUACUAGAACUUGCAGGAUACACAACGCGUCUCUACUCAUUGUUGUCAACGCUGCAUUCGCUUCCAACAUCGAUUUCAUUCACACCUUCAGCAGAUUCCGUCGCCAUGAAGCACCUUGACGUCGGAAUUCCUGCAGCGUCUACAGAUGAUUCAGAAGAUCCGGAAGGCGUGAUUUUAGUGCAUGACCUCAACUUUGAGCUGAAGGCUGGCGCUGGCGAGCAUCUCAUGAUCACAGGGACGAAUGGAGUCGGGAAGACGGCAAUAGCACGAGUUGUAGCCGGACUUUGGGCAGGACGGGCUGGUGCCGCCCAUAAUGUAGACGAACGUGGGCUUGUUCGUCCGCCACUUGGCGUCUCCGAAGUAUUUGUAGUCCCUCAGCGUGCAUAUAUGGUUUCCGGUACUCUCCUUGACCAGGUCAUCUAUCCACAUUCAUACGCUCAAUUCGUGCAGUCCGGGAGAACUGAGGAAGAACUGCUUGAGAUUCUAAAGGCCGCUCACCUUGCUUACAUACCAGAGCGUGAGGGAGGUUGGAUGGCCCGUAAGGAAUGGAGGGAUGUUUUGAGCGGCGGAGAAAAGCAACGGAUGGGUCUUGCACGAGCAUUCUAUCAUAGGCCGAAGUUUGCGGUCUUCGAUGAAUGCACAAGUGCGGUAUCAAGUGACGUGGAAGGUUCAAUGUAUCAACACGCAAAGUCUCUCGGUAUUACGCUCAUCACGAUAUCUCUUCGACCAUCAUUAGCGAAAUACCACACGCACCUUCUGACUUUACACACGGAACCCAUCAGCGAGGCUGAGAACAGUGGCGAGGCAGUCAACUGGACUCUCACGCGUGUCGGAACGGCAGCAGAACGAAUGGAGCGCGACCGUGAGAUCGCACAUCUGGAAGCACGUCUUGCGGAGGUAGAUUCUUGGACGGCACGUGUACGGGAGCUGGAAGCAUUACUCUCUGCUCCGGUGCUCCCUUAAUGGAGUCGUUUGGAUGAAAUUCUUAUGGAGAGACGGACGGUAUUCAUUGGUUCGGGCCUUGUGUCUCUUAGCAGGACUAUUAGAACGAUAUCGUAGACGGAUCAGGGACGCUUUCCGUGCAAGUAACAUACAAGUAAC